AUCCUAUUUGCCAGCCAGCCAAUCCAGCAUCACCGAUCGUAAGCACCUCAAGCAAAGAACUCCCGCUUGCAGCGUCAGAGUCUUUUUCUCUUUCGCACUGGCCCCGAUGUUGGUGCUCUUCAGUACCGCCGAUUGAAGCAUUCUCUCAUUUGGCAACGAGGCACCGACGGAGCUGGACGUGUAUUUUGCCGUAGUCGAAAGGAGUCGCGUUUCGCGUGCUUUGUUGCUUCCCCGCGUUCUGGUGCACUCCGGGAGACCGACCACUCCAGGUAUUCAGUUAGGCCAAUUCCGGCCAUUGAGCUUACGGAGUUUGGCGUUUAUCUGUUGCUAUAUCGGUUUCAGAGCUAUUUCAGAUAGCACACCAGCUGUUGCGUACGAGAUCUUCUAUCGUUGGACGUUUAUCUGCAAAUCUUGUAAUGAGUUGAGUUUCAUUUUCACUAGUUUGCUAGUUAACGGAUUAUAGAGUGCUGAGUGUUUCGAAUUUGACACGGCCAAGGAAGUAAACCGUUUGGAGAGAAACGUAGAAAUUGCUUGUGAUCUGAGGUUGAAAUUGGAAAGAUAUUGCAGUUCUUUCUUUUUGACAGCACAAUCGGAUGAGGAGUGUGCGCGAAACGAAGUGAAAUAUAGUGAUUUUUUUUCGGUUGGAUAGCUGGCUUUAAAAAAGUUACGUGCUGCAGACCAGUCAUAAGUUGUUGAACUCAUCUGACGUGCAGUACCUUGAUUCAUAGUGUUCGAUUCUUAAGCCUUCGGCGCACGGCUAAUGAUAAGCUCCAACAGUUCAAGAUUGCCAAACAAAUGUAGUUGUGUUGUGCUGCAAUUGCAGAGUGUGGACAACGAAGGAGCGCAAAAUCAGUGAAUUAUUCAAUCAUCAUAAAACGCAAACCUCUCAAGGGUAUCUAAGUGAAUCAUAGUUAUCCGACAAUCAGUGUUCCGUUUUGCAAUUGUUCAAUUAACCGUGACUAAAUAGCAACUAAAAGAAGUCACAAUUCGAGUUGGGUGGAGGCUUGCAGUUUUACAGGAAAGGAGGAAAAGUGUCUUACGAUUCGGUAGUGGUUUGUGAUGUGGAGCAGAGCGAGGAAAAAGGAGUUUCACUUUGAUUAUUUUAAAUUCAUUGAAUUAUAUAUACCUACACACGAAGAGUUUUCACCAGCUUCUCUCGCGUUCAUGUCCCGGUAUUUUCAAAAGUGCUAGAGCAUUGUAAACCGAGGAAAGUAAAGGAAAAGGCGGUGGAAAAACACAACGACUGUGUUUGCGUUUAGUUUAUAUAAACUCGAGCUUUAUUUUGGACAAGUCAUAGCGCUCGAAGUGUUGGAUAAUACCUGGUCUCGCUGACUGACUGCAGCCCGCGCUCAGGUGUAUGUCAACGGGAAUCUGACGCGGUCGGCCAUCAAGCGCAAAUUGCACGAACUUCAAACGACUACAGCAUAAGGACGUGCAAAUUACUCAUGAACGUUAUACAUCUUCAGUCUAGUAGCAAAAAAUAGACAAGAAAUCAAGUCUACAGUAAAAGAUAAGAUGUCUCACUCAUGAACAGCUUUUUCGUCCCUCACAUAAGAUCGCACUAUGGCAGACGCACUGAAGCUGGCCGACAUGCAACGGGCUAGCCUCGAGUUUGAGCGGCAACGGCAUCUGGCCAACUGGCUGAUCGAAUCUAGUCCGCACAUGCCGAAACCAUCUCCGCAGCAGCAGAAGCAACAGCAACAAUUGAAUAAGAAAGGCAAAUUCAAGCAAAAUCCAAUUUUUUUCCUAGCGAAAAUAGGCCACAACAUGAACUUUACUAGCAACAAUAAUCCUCCGAUAGCCAACAACGUGCUCGGAAGUAAUUCAAUAGCAUCAACCUUCAACUCUCAGACAAACCUUCCGCUGGCAAUAGUGUCCUCGUCCGGACGCGACGGUCACAAACCUAAACUGAGGCGCUUCAAUUCACACGACACUAGCGCUAAUAUGUUCUCGGUGGCCGAGUUCGAGAAUGCCCGCCUUGCGAGGAGAAACGAGUUAGAAAAUGCUGCCCUACUGAGGCAACGACAACGAUACAAGUUGAAUUCCCUUUCGUCAGGUGGAGAUUGUUCCACCGGGGAAAGUAAGGGAUCUAAGCUCAGCAACGAAUCCACUACUGAACCUCUGUUUGCCGAGCAGUUUCUUGAAAAGUUCUCAUUACCUCGUGUAGUACGGCUUUCCUACACUUCAAACGGUGGCAGCAGCUCCGGUGACCAGACAAUGACUUCAUCCAGUUCGGCUGAUUCGACCAGCACGGCUGAGCGGAAGAAAAAGAAGAAAUCGUCCAUUCCGAGUUCUUCCAACGGAGAGCUAUUCUUACUAUAUCGGUUUAUGCGCAACUACAAGCUAUACCACGUGUUCAACUCGAAAGCGGGAACUAACCGGAAAAAGGGAUACAAAAUCCCACAGGAUUAUCCUGGUUAUUUCUCAUUUCUCAACGACAAAGGAACUCAAACGGUCACUGUGUACACGACCAUUGUUCAACUGGUGCGGGAACGCGUAUACAAAUUCCUGUCGCUCGAAAAUCUCUCAGCGUACACCGAAUCCCAAGGUAGGCAUACACCCCUUACCAAACCGCGUAAUCUCAUUCUAAUCCAAACCAAUACAGACAAUUUUAGCCAAAAAACACACUACGUCAAGGCAACGGCUAAGGCAGGACAAGUUUAUCGCUUGCUAGCGGUUUUUCAGGAUGGGGACCACAAGUCAUCCUCUAGUCAAAAGGAUUUCGCUUCUCUGAACAGCAGCGGGGGCGGCACAGAGAAGGAACGUGGCAAGUAUGCUCAGUUACUCGGUGAUAACAGACAGAUUUAUUACGUCUCGUUGUCAGCCAAAGGCAAAUUUUAUGAAAUCGAACAACACACAGCUCCUGUGCUACAAAAAAGUAGCAGUUUGGGCCAUCCGAGCAGUAAUAGCAAAACACCCAAACAACUCAAUCGAGAGUGCGUGCACAGAAUUGGGUUUAUUAUGCAGUCAGAAGUAAACCUACCACUAAAUUUAAAAUUGAUUGCCAGUAUGAACGGAUCAGGCAAUGGUAGCUCCCAGAAUAGUGUGCCAGAACAUAUUACAAUCGCCAAGGUCAGCGUUGAAAAUUUCAUCAUCGCAUGUCCACUAGACGAACAAGAGCUUACCACAGCACUAACGCUGACCAAACUACACAUAACACCCCAGAUGAAGUUUACCAAGUGUGUGUUGGGGUUCGACAAUGAACAAAGAAUGUUCUUGAAUGGAGGCAUUCAAACGGUGCUCAAAUAUUGUCAGUUCAAUUGCGAUAACUUUACUCGCAUCGUCGACAGCGACACCAACCGGGUAGAGUUACAACAGAUGAUCAAUAUCGUAGAACAACAACAACAGCCUUUCAGCAGUCUCAAUCACAUAACGACAUCCGCCAACAGUGGCACCAGUUCAACAAGCAGAAGCGAAGUAUUCAGAAAACUUAAGCUAACACGUCUCUUCGGUGGAUCAGACAGAAACCAGAAUUCAACGUCCGGUCACGAGAAGGAAGACUCGAUCAUAUUUUUGAGUAAAAAUGAUCUAGAGAACCUUGAAUGCAGUCAACAACAGCAACAAUUGCUACAACGUCACGAUCAGGAUCAACAACCAAUGUCACUUGCUUCCGGCGUGAGCGAAAAGAUGAAAGUUUUUACUCCGAGCAAAAAACGUUGGUUUAAGGGUCUUCGAUCCACAGGGAAUCAAGAAAACGACAGUAGCGUGGAAGAAGAUUCCGAGAAAAAAAUAUCCAGCAUAGACCGGUACCAGGAUAUGUCCCGUUUGAUACAAGAGCGUUUUGGAGAGCUCGAUAUUAAUGGAACAAAUGUCGGAAAGGCAAAUUCGGAUAUUGGUUACGAUGAUACGGUUAACGAAAACCCAGAUGAUUUGGUUGCUGGUGGACUACAAAAGUGCCUCUCGCUGCAGCAUAUUGUGUUAAAAAGUGGAAAUAGUAUGGAUAUUAGAAACAAGGAUAAACCAGACUUGGUAAACAACAUAAACCUGAUUGAAAAAGAUAAUUCAGAUGAGGUCAUGUCAGAAUCGGAAGACACACUGUUUUUCCCUAUACGAAGUAAUGCAAAACAACAAUCUUUCAUGACCCAAAAGCUGUACAGUGAGUUUCAUGUCAAAACCAAACAACACAGCAAGUCACAAUCUAGCAUACAACAUCUGCUAAAUCUUGCGAGUCCCCAACGACUGAAUGAAGCGAAGUGUAAACUGAAAGCAAGCGACAAAAAACGAGCGGAAAUCGUACUCUCGUUCGAAGAUUUACAAAGCCUUAACAGGGAAGAAGAGCUUAUCGAAGGCUCCCUAAGAACUCAGCUCAGCAUACUUGAUGAUUUGCCAUACAGUAGCGUGCGUGAUUCAAUAAUUCUUCAAGAAAGUGAACCUCGAACCCCAUCGGAAAGUAUCUACGCAGAGAUCUGCUCCGAAAGUGCAGUUGGAUCAUCAAGCCAAUCGCAGCAAACCCCUCCAACGCAGUCUGAAAAGCGAUUCACUAGUAUUCGCAUUAACGUUCCCUCCAGUGACUCGUGCCAAGUGCUAAGUCACAAUCCAUCUGGAAGUCGAUGUGCUUCGGUUGUGGCCUGUCCCGUUGAGGAUAAUAUUUACAACACAAUCAAAUAGUAGCUCCAUAGGAGCUCAGCCUGUAUUUCAUUCGAUUCGAUACCGGAAAACCACCAUUCAGAAAACGCUCAAAACCUACGAGUGUCUAAUUCGACACAUCUUCGGAACUGACAAUUAUACCAGAAACGCCGAAAUACUGGACAAUCAAGCGCUUAUAAAGCGGCAGUAACCUGCAAAAGAUACAAUCUUACUUAUUUGCUAGUUUUAGAAAAAUAAGACAGGGAAGGCAACUAAUAAGCGGAAGCAAAAAAAAAACAAAUAACGGCGACCAAAGUAUUACCGGAACUUGUGAUAAACGCGAAAAAGCAAUGUUUAACAUAGUUUAGAAAUAAAUGACAACAAGCACGUAAUCUUUAUCGCUAACAUGUAGCACUAUAAUUCAAUAAAACAAAUAUCAGUUGUCAUUUUACCACGAUGCGUAUAAAAGACAAGCAAAAGCAUAUCAUAAACUGUAGCAUAUACUUACUUUACGCACUUGUUAAGAGGCAAAACAAAUAGUUGGCAAACAAUCUGACAAUAAAAUUUAUUAAUUCUUGAGAAUAGACUAAGAAAAGCA